CUGCCAAUCACCCGCACCGACCGCCCAAUCGCCGCCUCGCCAUGACAACCGCGGUGGCUGUGGAGCUGGGGCCUCUCGUGCGGGCCGGCGCCCCCUCCUCCUCCUCCUCCCAGCGAAUCCCACUCCCACGCCGUCGAAGAGCUGCCGGAGCUAUCAGGGCGUCUCCCGUGUCCGGGCGGUCCGAGGACGCCGGCGAGCCCCCCGCCACGCUCCUGCCGAACGCGCGGCGGCGGGGGCGCGACCCGUUCUGGUACGGAGGCGGGUUCAGCCUCGGUGUGGACCUGGGCGACGCCCGCACCGGCCUCGCCGUCGGGCGGGGCAUCACCCUCCCUCGCCCCCUCACUGUUCUGAAGCUGCGCGGGCAGAAGCUGGAGCUGACGCUGCUCGACGUGGCCCGGCAGCAGGAGGCGGACGAGCUUAUCAUCGGGCUUCCCGUGUCGGCCGAUGGGAGGGAGACGCCGCAGUCCAACAAGGUGCGGAGCGUCGUCGGGAGGCUCGCCGUCCAAGCGGCGGAGAGGGGCUUGAGGGUAUAUUUGCAGGAUGAACAUGGAACUUCGAUAGAUGCCCUUGAUUACAUGAUCUCAACGGGUGUCAAAAAGUCUGCCCGUGAUGUCAAAUCUGAUGCGUAUGCUGCAGUGAUGAUACUGAAGAGAUAUUUCACGUCAUCAGGUCAAGGGGCUAAGAUUGUUCUUCCCAGGCAACCAGAAUUGCAGGAAAAGUUAAUAGCUCAGUCUAGGCAAGAUGCUGAAAUUUAGGAAGGCAUGUCUUAUACUUUCUCCAACUGUAGACAAUAUGUCCAAUAUUAUUUACAAUAAACACUUUGUUGCGAUGUCAUCUCAGUGACUUACGUUUUGGUUUUAUACCUUGCACAAUCGAAGGGAAUUGGCAACAACUUCCAUUUCUAUACCAUAUCAUCAUUGGAUGUGCUAUGAAUAAAUAAUUAUUCGAGA